AUGACAGGAUCCAAACCGGACCCUCGGAAUAAUAAAAGCAACAAGAGCAGAGGCGCCCCGAAGCGGCCGCCUCUAACCCAUUUCCUAUGCUUGCCCCUGGUAAACACAACAUCGCUGCCCCAGCUAGAGAGCUCCCUAGCUGCAUUCAAAGCGGCCCAUCCACCAGUCCAGGUCUCGGCUCUUCCCAUAGCUCAAGGUGGUGACACAGACGGCAAUGGCUCAGCAUCAUCCAUCCCUGACGGAGCAUUGCGCCCGGUCGGCACGCUGCAUCUGACUCUCGGAGUGAUGAGUUUGCCAAGUAAGGAGCAAUUUGAUGAAGCUGUGGCCUUUUUUCAGGGUCUUGAUUUGGCUAGCUUGAUGCGCGAAGCGGAGCGUGUUGCCCGGGGUCAGAAGCAAAAAAGCCAUGAAGAACAGUUAUUGGCCGCGACUACAACAGACACAGAAAAUGAUUCUCCGAAUUCAGAACCAGAGACCUCUUCUCCUCUGUCUCCGCUCAAUGUUUCGUUGGAGUCGCUGCAUGCGCUUCCGCGCGCAAAGGCCGCUACUGUCCUGCACGCUUCGCCCGUGGAUCCGACAAGACGCUUAUAUCCGUUCUGUGUGAUGUUGCGUGAUAAGUUUAUUGAGGCUGGGUUUUUGGUCGCUGAGCAGGCCAACCCACAGCCGAACCAGAACAAGCAGCAACAACAAGUACAAGGAGAGCAACCCGAAUCCUCUGCCAAUGCCCCCGACAACGAAUCCCUCCUGGAAGAACUUCCCAUCGACCUAGCAGAAGACCCAGGCACUCAGCAAAAACCACUAGGAACACAUCAAAACCACCCCACUCCACCGCUGGACCCCUACACCACAGCUCUAAGACGCAAACCCAAACCGCGUCCGCUCCUUCUGCACGCCACGCUCGUGAACACGAUCUACGUGCGCGGCGGCCACGGGAGAGAUGUCGGGCGUGAACCAGAAGCAAAACGACAGAAAUUUAAGCAACAUGGGGGUAGAGCAAAUCGAGACAGAUCUUGGAAUAAGAGUAAUAAGAGGCUUGCUAUCGAUGCUCGUGACUUGAUCGCGCGGUAUUCGGAUUACUAUGCCGAUGCGGAGCGGACGAUUGCGCGUGUGUAUCAUCCUGGUGCUUCUUCGCCUACGAGUAUACCUGCGUCUAGAUCUUCGUCUCCUCAAUAUGAUGAGGAAAGAAGAAAGGUUGAAGGGGUAUCGGAGAGCACAGCUGAGCCUGCUGCUGGGUACACUCCUCCUACUCCUACUACUGCAGCUUCAACUGCAACUAAAACCUCAUCACCAAAAUACCCCUUCGUCUGGGCACACAAUAUCCCGCUAAACUCGGUCUGCAUCUGCGAAAUGGGCGCGAAAACCCUCGUGGCAGACAAAGCAGAGAAUACGACAUCCUUGAAUGCGCGUCUGGGUGCCAAGUACACCGUUGUCGCGGAGCGGAGUCUGGACUUCUCUCGUGGAUCUACGUCAGCGCCGGUGGCUUCAUCGGCGGAGAAGACGGGGAGUGAGACCGAUGAUAGCGCAGAAGGGGGUGUACAGUUGCAUUGA